UCCAAUGAGUGGGCUCUGUUGGCGCUGGCGGUAGACCGGGUCUGCUUCUGGGUCAACUUGCUGGUGAUUGUGGUGUCCGGACUGGGCAUGUUGAUCCCGACCUCAUUCUCGCACGAGAAGGAGGACAUAAUUCAGAUGUUUGACAAGAUUAGAGCCAACGCGUAG